CUGCUCCUGGAUGAUGUGAAAAUGCAAGCAGGCACAGGAAAUGUCUCUAACCUGGUUACACUUCCUCUCAACUCAUGCGGUUUCACAACCCCUACAGGCUCACCCCCACCCAGUGUCACCAGGCUGGCGCCUCUGUGAGAAAGUCCCACUGCAAGAGGCCCUGGGGCAUUGUCAUUUUCCUCUUUCACCCUGUGUGGGUUGUCAGCGAAUCCCCAGGGCUCUCUGAACCUGGAGCCUUCCUUGGUCAGGUCCCUGCAGCCGCUGGAAGGAUGAAUUCCUGCACCAUCGUAGUGAGGCUGCUGCUGUCUGGGCCUCUUUUCUUUGCCCAGGUCUCCAGCUACAACCUGGAAGUCCGCCACGUGCAAAACUUCUCGUUCCCACACGCCGGGAGGCAUUUUGGGUACCGCGUUCUGCAGGUUGGAGACUGGGUUGUCGUAGGAGCUCCAGGUGAGGGGAACAGCACAGGAAACCUCUAUCAGUGCCAGGCAGGCACUGGCCACUGCAUCCCAGUCAGCCUGCAUGGUUCCAACUAUACCUCUAAGUACUUGGGAAUGACCCUGGCGACAGACUCCACAAAGGGAAGCCUUUUGGCCUGUGACCCUGGACUGUCUCGGACAUGUGACCAGAAUGUUUAUCUGAGUGGCCUGUGUUACCUUUUCGACCAGAAUCUGAAGGGUCCUGUGCUGCAAAGUCAUCCUGGUUAUCAGGAAUGUAUAAAGGGCAACGUAGACUUGGUAUUUCUGUUUGAUGGUUCAAUGAGCCUGCAGCAAGAUGAAUUUCAGAAAAUUCUGGACUUCAUGAAGGAUGUGAUGAGGAAACUCAGCAACUCCUCCUACCAGUUUGCUGCUGUUCAGUUUUCCACGGAAUGCAAAACAGAAUUUGAUUUCUUGGAUUAUGUUAGGGUGAAGAACCCUGCUGCUCUGUUGGGCAAAGUAAAACAUAUGCGGCUGUUGACCAAUACCUUUCAUGCCAUCAACUAUGUCACGGAAAAUGUGUUCCGGCAAGACCGGGGGGCCCGGCCAGAUGCCACCAAAGUGCUUAUCAUCAUCACUGACGGGGAAGCCACUGACUCAGAUCAGAACAUUGACUCAGCCAAAGACAUCAUCCGCUACAUCAUUGGGAUCGGAAAGCAUUUUGAAACCAAGGAAAGUCAGGAAACGCUCCACAAGUUUGCCUCAAAACCUGCAAAGGAGUUUGUAAAGAUUCUGGCCACGUUCGAGAAGCUUAAAGAUCUGUUCACUGAGCUGCAAAAGAAGAUCUAUGCCAUUGAGGGCACGAGCAAACAGGACCUGACCUCCUUCAACAUGGAGCUGUCCUCCAGUGGGAUCAGCGCUGACCUCAGCCAGGGUCACGGUGUCGUGGGGGCAGUCGGAGCCAAGGAUUGGGCUGGGGGCUUUCUAGACAUGGAUGCCAAACUGCAGGAUGAUAGAUUUGUUGGGAAUGAACCGCUGACACCAGAAGCAAGAGCAGGAUAUUUAGGUUACGCUGUGACCUGGCUGCCCUCCGACGAAACGCUCACAUCGCUGCUGGCGGUUGGAGCCCCCAGAUACCAGCAUGUGGGGCGGGUGCUGCUGUUCCGGGAGCUGAAGGGCAGAGGACACUGGAGCCAGGUCCAGAAAAUAGACGGGAUCCAGAUUGGCUCUUAUUUCGGUGGCGAGCUGUGUGGCGUUGACACGGACCAAGAUGGGGAGACAGAGUUGCUGCUGAUUGGAGCCCCCCUGUUCUAUGGGGAGCAGAGGGGAGGCAGGGUGUUUGUCUGCCAGAGAAAACAGCUGGGGUUCGAAAUGGUCUCAGAACUGCAGGGGGAUCCUGGCUACCCUCUUGGGCGAUUUGGAGCAGCGAUCACGGCCCUGACCGACAUCAACGGGGAUGAGCUGGCGGACGUGGCUGUGGGGGCCCCUCUGGAGGGGCAGGGGGCUGUGUACAUCUUCAACGGGCAGCGUGGUGGGCUGAGCCCCCGGCCAAGCCAGCGGAUAGAAGGGGCCCAGGUGUUCUCAGGAAUUCGGUGGUUUGGACGCUCCAUUCAUGGGGUGAAAGACCUUGGAGGAGAUGGCUUGACAGAUGUGGCUGUGGGAGCCGAAGGGCAGGUGAUCAUACUCAGCUCCCGGCCUGUAGUAGAUGUCCUCACUCUGAUGUCCUUCUCCCCGGCUGAGAUCCCAGUGCAUGAAGUGGAAUGCUCCUAUUCAGCCAGUAACAAGAAGAAAGAAGGAGUUAACAUCACAGUCUGUUUCCAGGUUAAGCCUAUUACCCCCCAAUUUCAAGGGCACCUGGUUGCCGCCCUCACUUACACUCUGCAACUGGAUGGCCAUCGGACCAGAAGCCGGGGGCUGUUCCCAGGAGGUAGACGUGAACUCAGCAGGAACACAGAGGUCACCCAAGACGAGUCCUGCAUCAAGUUCUGGUUCCACUUCCCGGUGUGCAUUCAAGACCUCAUCUCUCCCAUCAACGUCUCCCUAAAUUUCUCUCUCCGGGAAGAAGAAGGGACACCAAGGGACCAAUGGCUGCAGGGCCGAGACAUUCAGCCCAUCCUGAGACCCUUACCGCAUGCAGAGACCAAGGAGAUCCCUUUUGAGAAGAACUGUGGGGAGGACAAGGAGUGUGAGGCGAACCUGAAGCUGUCCUUCUCCCCUGCAAGAUCCAGAGUCCUACGUCUGACGCCCUCUGCCAGCCUCUCCGUAGAGUUGAUGCUGAGUAACUUGAGAGAAGAUGCCUACUGGGUCCAGCUCAACCUGAGCUUCCCCCAGGGACUCUCCUUCCGCAAAGUAGAGAUACUCGAGCCCCACAGCCAGAUACCUGUGAGCUGCGAGGAGCUUCCUCAAGAAUCCAAGCUUCUGACCAGGACCCUCUCUUGCAACGUGAGCUCUCCGAUCUUUAAAGCGGGCACCUUGGUUGCCAUCCAGGUGAUGUUCCACAAGCUGCUGAACAGCUCCUGGGGGGACUUUGUCGAGCUGCACGCCAGUGUGAACUGUGACAAUGAGGACUCAGACCUCUUGGAGGACAACUCUGCCACCACCAGCAUCCCAGUCCUGUACCCCAUCAACAUCCUCACCAAGGACCAGGAAAACUCCACACUGUAUGUCAACUUCACCCCCAAGGGUCCCAAGAUCCGCCAUGCCAAACACAUCUACGAGGUGACGAUUCAGCCUUCUGCCUAUGACCACAACGUGCCCCCCCUGGAGGCCUUGGUCGGGGUACCAGAGUCACACAGCAAGGGGCCCAUCAAACACGAGUGGACUGUGCAGAUCCUGCCCAGAGGAGGGCAACGCACCCAGGAUCCUUCUGUGACCUGCCACCGUGAGGAUCCGGAGACGCUGCCCACUGUGGCUGAGCCUUGUUUGCCCGGAGCCAAGUUCCGCUGCCCACUUACGUUCAAGCAGGAGAUCCUCGUCCAAGUGAUCGGGACAAUGGAGCUUGUGGAGGAGAUCAAGGCCUCCUCCAUGCUCAGCCUCUGUAGCUCUCUCUCCAUCUCCUUCAACAGCAGCAAGCACUUCCACCUGUAUGACGGCAGUGCCUCCCCGGCCCAGGUCAUCAUGAAGGUGGACAUCGUAUAUGAGAAGGACAUGCUCUACGUCUACGUGCUGAGCAGCACUGGGGGACUAUUGUUGUUCCUGGUGAUUCUCGGGGUACUCUACAAGCUCGGCUUCUUCAAACGGAACCUGAAGGAGAAGAUGGAGGCUACCGUAGAAGCUUCGAAUGGAAUCCCUAGAGAAGACUCUGGACAACCAGAGCCCAAGGAAGAGGGUGGGGAUCCGGGCUGCCUGGAGCCCCUCCAGGAGGAGGAGACCCAGGAUGGAAAUGACAAAGACUGAGGCCCAGGCCCGAUGCAGAGGGCCCAGGACUGGACUCGGGAGGCCUGGUACCACUCUGCCUCUACCUGUGUUUCACUGCGUGUCUUCGGGCAAGUCACUGCCCCCACCUAGGCCCCAGUUUCGCUGUCUUGCACGUGGAGCUCACUCCUGCCGGCCUGCUUUGCAGGUUCAUGGUGAGGGAUGGGCCAGGAAGGCUACGGAGGCGAGGCCUUGUAAUUCUCGGCUGGUCCUGGCUUCCCCCAGCCCUUCUUAGUAUCCUCCCCUGGAAGAGACUGUCUGAUCUAAAUUUGGAAAAACUGUCAUCUCAGGACCUUAGUGACCCUCCCGGCCCUCACACCCACCUGCCCUUGGACGUCCCCAGAGGCCUCAGACUCCCAGAACCUCGUCCUUCGCUCUCCCCUGCCUGGAGUCCAGUCAGCUUUCCAGUCUGCCGCCAGAGAGCAAAUCCGAUCUGUGUCACUACAUGGCCGCCGCAAACCCCCUGCUCUUUGGCUACAGACCAAGUUCCUUAAUACGCCUUCCACGAUCUGCGAAAUAGCCUUAACAUGCCCGUGCAGAAUUGGGCCCCUGUUGCCUUCCUGGCCUCCUCCAGAGACUCCCCGCCUCCCUUUCUAAGCUCCGAUUACACCAGCCUUUCUCCCUAGCCAGGCUCCUUCCUGUCUCACCGCCUUCACCCAGACUGCUCCCUCUGCCUGGAACAUUCCUCCGCAGCCCUUUUCCUGGCUGACUCUCUCAGCCUUCAGAUCUCAGCUCGCGUAUAACUGCCUCAGGGCCGCCUCCAACCCCAACCCAGGUGGGUUCCCGUGUUACAUUUGCCCCUCACAGUACAGAUCACACUGUUACUUAAUAUUUGUCUCUCAAAUUAAACAUCGAACUCCGAGAGGGUAGGGACCAUAGGUAGGUCAUGUUCACCUUGGGAUCCCUCGGUGACAUCACAGAGCCAGACCCAGUAGGCGCUUGACACGAUUUCACUGAACCUAGCGCCUGUGAAAAGAUCGAGAAAGCGUUUCGGAUGGGCCCCUGGCGUCUCCACCCUUCAAGGUCUUCCCCAGGCUCCUGCCUCCUUGCUCCCAGCCCCCACCAGGACUCCAUCCCACCCCGCUGCGGCCCCCGCUGGGAGGCUGUGAGCUCAAGGGAGCAGGCCACGGCUGUCCACCUGGCUCACGGUGCCUGCAUAUGUGUACCCAAUAAAUGUGAAAAUCUG